GACUGCUUCUAAAAGCCGGUUGCAGACACAACGGCGUUCAUUCUACUACAUUCACUCAUUUACAUACAUAUACGAAUUUAUAACUGCGCGUGCAUAAUCAAGAAAUCAACUACUAUAGCAAGUACCUCUCGACGAAUGUGAAGCCGUGUUAAUCGAAGAAACGAAGACGAAAAGUUUUUAAGUUUUCAUUGUUGAAUUUUGCAGUUUUUUUAAACGAGUCAUGUCCACAUGCGAGGACGUCCGAGGAGUUAUACUCUCUGGCACACAAUUAGCAAACUUUAUCUUACAGAGAAAUUCGUGCAUCCUUGGCACAAGAUGUAACAGAUCUAAAGACAAAGCUACCAGACUUUACACCUAGUUUGGCUAUUGUCCAAGUCGGCGGUAGACAAGAUUCUAACGUUUACAUACGAAUGAAAAUCAAAGCGGCUACAGACAUUGGCAUAAAUGUACAACACGUUAAACUUCCAAACACCAUAACGGAAACUGAACUGAUCAACGUAGUGAACAAAUUAAACAAUGAUUCUAAAACUCACGGUAUCAUCGUUCAAAUGCCGCUCGAUACUGUUAAUGAAAUUAAUUCUCAUUUAAUUACGAACAUAGUGUCUCCUUCUAAAGAUGUUGACGGUCUCAAUACGAUUAACGAAGGAAAAAUUACAAUCGGCGAUAUGUCAGGAUUUAUACCAUGUACGCCUAAUGGAUGUAUUGAGCUAAUUAAAAAAAGUGGUGUACCAAUUGUCGGUGCUCAAGCCGUAGUUUUGGGUAGAAGUAAAAUUGUAGGUACACCGGCAGCCGAAUUAUUAAAAUGGCACAAUGCUACAGUGACGAUAUGUCAUUCAAAAACGAAAAAUCUUCCGGAAAUAGUCUCUCAAGCUGAUAUCUUGAUCGUGGCUAUCGGUAAGCCAGAAUUCGUCAAAGGGAGCUGGAUAAAAUCAGGCGCUGUCGUAAUCGAUUGUGGCAUCAAUUCUAUUCCGGAUUCUGGAAAGAAAAGCGGUGAGCGUUUAGUAGGCGACGUUGAUUACGAGGAAGCUUCGAAAGUAGCUUCAUACAUUACGCCAGUUCCUGGUGGUGUCGGCCCUAUGACGGUAGCCAUGCUGAUGAAGAAUACAGUGACCUCGGCCAAAAAAGCAGCUGAAAAUCUUCUUAAUGUCGAUUGGAAACUAAGAAUUUUAAAGAUUAAUCCACAGAGACCAGUUCCAAGUGAUAUAGCUAUUUCUAGAAGUCAGACAUAUAAACCUAUUGUCAGUUUAGCUGAAGAAAUCGGUCUAUUACCAAACGAGCUAAGUCCUUAUGGAGACAAUAAGGGUAAAAUAAGUUUAAAUGUUCUAAAUAGACUGAAGAAUCAGCAGAAUGGAAAAUUCGUGGUCGUCGCUGGUAUUACGCCAACACCUCUCGGUGAAGGUAAAAGUACGACGGCUCUUGGAUUAGUGCAAGCUCUCUCAGCGCAUAAAGGAACAAAUUCUUUUGUUACGUUAAGACAGCCUAGCCAAGGUCCUACUUUCGGAGUUAAAGGAGGAGCAGCUGGUGGUGGAUAUGCACAAGUAAUUCCUAUGGAAGAAUUCAAUCUUCACUUAACCGGAGACAUCCACGCUAUAUCCGCGGCAAAUAAUCUUUUAGCAGCCCAAAUCGAUGCUCGAUACUUCCAUGAAUCCACUCAAAGUGACAAGGCUCUUUAUGAUAGAUUGGUACCUACGAUUAAAGGUGUUCGAAAAUUCUCCAAAAUUCAAUUAAGGCGUCUGCAAAAACUUGGGAUUACAAAAACCGAUCCAAACUCUUUGACGGAAGAAGAACAACGCAAGUUCGUACGAUUGGACAUCGAUCCACAUAAUAUUACGUGGACAAGAGUGGUUGAUAUAAAUGAUCGUUUCCUACGUAAAAUAACUAUUGGUCAAAGUUCGACUGAAAAAAAUAAGACGAGAGAGACUUCUUUCAAAAUUUCUGUUUCUUCUGAGAUAAUGGCGAUACUUGCUUUAGCUGCUAACGUCGAAGAUUUGAAACAAAGAUUGGGCAAUAUAGUAAUUGGAUUCAAUAAGAAUGGUGAACCUUUAACUGCUGAAGAUUUUGGCAUGACUGGUGCGAUGGCUAUUCUUCUGAAAGAUGCGAUCGAACCAACGCUAAUGCAAUCUUUAGAAGGUACACCUGUAAUGGUUCAUGCUGGUCCCUUCGCUAAUAUCGCACACGGUUGUUCCUCGAUAAUAGCAGAUACUAUUGCAUUAAAACUAGUUGGACCAAAUGGUAUUGUAGUGACAGAAGCUGGAUUUGGUUCCGAUAUAGGCAUGGAGAAGUUCUUUGACAUUAAAUGUAGAACAUCUGGACUCGUGCCGAAUGCUGUCGUUCUUGUUGCAACUGUAAGAGCCUUGAAAAUGCAUGGUGGUGGUCCAUUAGUAACCCCAGGUGCGGCUCUAAAAAAAGAAUACAUUGAAGAAAAUAUCGAACUUGUUAGAAAAGGUCUUCCAAAUCUUCAAAAACAUAUCAGCAAUGGCCUGAAAUUUGGAGUACCCGUUGUUGUAGCUAUAAAUUCAUACACUACUGAUACAGAAGCUGAACUACAGCUCAUUAAAGAAGUGGCAUUGGAGAGUGGUGCAGCAGAUACAGUGAUUUGCACUCAUUGGGCUGACGGUGGAUCAGGUGCAAUAGCUUUGGCAGAUGCAGUUAUCGCUGCAACGGAAAAACCAAGUAACUUUAAACCAUUGUAUAGUCUGGAUCUCAGUAUUGAGGAGAAGAUAAACGUCAUUGCUAAAGAAAUGUAUGGUGCUGGAGAAGUUAUUCUAGCAGACGAAGUAAAAGAAAAAAUUAAAGUAUAUAACACAUUAGGUUAUGAUAAAUAUCCUAUAUGUAUGGCAAAAACAUCUAACUCUCUAACGGGAGAUCCAUCCAUCAAAGGUGCCCCAACAGGUUUUAAACUUGAUAUUAAUGAUAUAUUUGUAGCCGUUGGCGCUAAAUUUGUCGUAGCAUCUGUUGGAGAGAUCAUGAUGAUGCCAGGUCUUUCUACUAGGCCAAGUAUUUAUGAUAUGGAUUGGAAUAGUGAAACGAAUGAGAUAGAAGGAUUAUUUUAAAUAUUAACUCUUUUCAUAUUAUUGCCACAUAACAAUAACUUUAUCUAUUUAUAUUUUUCAUACUCCAUGUACUUUAUGUAUGUUCCAUAUAAAAUAUUAAUUUCAUAAAUAACUAAUAAGAAUGUAUUAGUAAGUUAAUUAUAAAAUCAAUAUUUCGUAA